AUGUCUUUGAAAGAUCAGAUUGCCAGACUUCAGGAUAAAGUUGAUGAUCUGUACAAAAAUCGUAACUUGGGAAAGGGGGACUUGCCAGAUAUCCAAGAAACACAAAAUUCACCUGAGACCGACACACAGUCAGCCUCAUUGCCUGCAACCUCCUCGCCUUUGGAGGAUACAUAUUUAAUGAACGACUUUGAAAAAUUCAUGGACAACAGUACUGUGUUCUCCCAUGAACAGCACACACCCACUCUAUCUUCCAAAAUAUUCGAAAAUACCGACACCUUUGUUGCCCAAACCUCAUCGCCGAGCAGUCUCGCCAUUAGCUCCCAAAUUGGCGCUCUACAAAAGCUCGUUACCAACCAGCAGUCGGUAAAGUUCAACCAGCCUACUCAACAGGACCACGUUCUAGUUCACUUACCGGAAACGUCUACAUUGUGGUUUCGGGUGGAUAGUUUUUUUCAGGAGUUCUCGUGCUACUUUCCAUUCUUACGCGAGGAGCAAGUACGAGAGAGACUUUCUAUUGCGUUGAACUCAAUUGGUUACGAUGAUGCCAACAACAAUGUUCCCGUUGAUGCUGCCAAUUGCAAGAUCAUUUCAAUACUGUUCAACAUGAUGGCUUAUGCAGAGGCAGUGACUGAGUCACACUCUCUCAUGGAAUCUAGACCUGGAUCUCAAAGCUAUUGCGAAGGUCUAAAGCUCAUGCAGUCCAUGGGAAACCUCCACGAUAACGACAUAGAGACGCUGAUCUACCACACUCUGGCCGCAGCGACUUUCAUGGCCAUGGAGAUCCUACACAUGGCUCUACAGAGUGUUUCGCAGGGAUUCCAUAUUGCUCUUCGUAUUGAACUAAACAAUCAAAGACGGUGGCCAGAGAAUAAGGACGACGAUCUCGCCUGCCGCCAGUCACUUUGGUGGACACUCUAUUUUCUUGACAAACGCGUCACACAGAAGAUUGGGAUAACAUACUCAGUGAGAGAAAAUGAAUGCGGGGUUCGGGAAUUUCAGAAUUCAGAAAAGGAUCUUGGUUCGCAAGCACACCAUGAUUUAUUGCAAAGCAUGAUCUCUUUCGGUCAGCUGUGGGCCAGUAUUUGGGACGACUUCUUUUCUCCAAAGGCCUCUAUCAAGGAAGAUGCAUGGGAGGACAUGGAAGUGACAGAUACUAAGAUUAUCCUGGCUUAUCGCAGACUGCCUUCGCGGCUCCAUUGGAAGUCGCAGGAAGUCGAUGACUAUCUGAGUAAGAACGAAAGCGAGAAGCAGAUCCGGAGAAGGCUUCUUGUGUUUCUGGUAAGAUUGGUGACCAAUGAUUUUCUUGAUAUUUUUCUAAUCAAUGGCGCGGCUACAGAGAUUUUCAUGCCUUCGGCUCAGCAUACGACACAAAUCUCUGGCGUCUACUAA